AGAGAAAUCGAUUUUUGUUGCUGCUUUGGUCACACAGCAACUGACUCAGAAGUUAAAGAAGAAGAAGCAGAGACCGUAAUUUUUCCACGACUCAACCUAGCGAUUUACCAAGCCAUUCGAGCCGCAAUCGAGUCUUUAGCCAGACGGGAAGCAUUAAGAUCGUGUGUAACAGAGUGCGGCAACUUGGAAGCGGUGCAUCCCAAGAAAUCGCAGUACGAAACGGCCCCGAAAACCGCUGGCCCAGCCCCAUUAUAAACACUGAGGAGGGGUGGAGAUUGGUGAGAGCGGAGCGGAGCGAGAAGAGAGGUCAGCAAACCCGUAAUUAAGAAAAAGUAGACACGUACGUUGAGGAAGAUGUCAUCCGGAGAUUUUGGCAAUCCGCUGCGGAAGUUCAAGCUCGUCUUCCUGGGCGAGCAGAGUGUGGGCAAGACCUCGCUGAUUACGCGCUUCAUGUACGACAGCUUCGACAACACGUACCAGGCGACGAUCGGGAUUGAUUUCCUAUCGAAGACCAUGUACCUGGAGGAUCGCACUGUGCGCCUGCAGCUGUGGGAUACGGCGGGACAGGAGCGAUUCCGCUCGCUGAUACCCUCGUACAUACGCGACUCCACGGUGGCAGUGGUCGUUUACGAUAUCACCAACACCAACUCGUUCCACCAGACCUCCAAGUGGAUCGAUGACGUGCGCACGGAGCGGGGCAGCGACGUCAUCAUCAUGCUAGUGGGCAACAAGACGGAUCUCUCCGACAAGCGUCAGGUGUCCACCGAGGAGGGCGAGCGCAAGGCGAAGGAGCUUAACGUGAUGUUCAUCGAGACAAGCGCCAAGGCCGGCUACAAUGUGAAGCAAUUGUUCCGACGGGUGGCCGCGGCACUGCCCGGCAUGGAUUCCACGGAGAACAAGCCCUCCGAGGACAUGCAGGAGGUUGUGCUGAAGGACUCACCCAACGAGACAAAGGAUCCCGAGGGUGGCUGCGCCUGCUAGAACCGGUUGAGCCGACGAUCCAACCAUCCUCUCCCCCUUUUCAACAGCAGGAGCAGAUGCAGAUGCAGGAGAUCGGCCAGCAGCACUGGUGUACACAGGUGUCAGGUGUAUGUACUGGCCGGAUCUGCGGCGGAUUCCUCAACAUCUAUACACACAUACACACUUUACGUUUAAGUUUAUUUAUAAAGUAACAAAUGAUAGCAAAGGCAAAUAGACUAAACAACAAUUAACGAAAUCGGCUAACUAAUUACUGUUAAUUGACGAGCUAAUCCCGAGCGCAGGCGAGUGCGAAUGCUAAUUCAUUGACACGAGAUCAGGGAUCAAGAUCAGAGUAAUAUUUGCGAGUUAGCUACCAGACAAGAAUAUAGUGUUGUGCAUUUCCGAUACCCCCUAAAC